ACCGUUUUAAAAUAACAGUCACUGCGGAACUGCAGAGCGUCAGAGGCAACCAACAUAAUUUUAUUUUUUUUGUAGUUUUUCUAUUUAUUUUUGCAUCCUCUUAUUUACAAAAUGUCAACGAAAAGAGAAGAAACUAAUAGGACAGGAAAUACUGCAUUAACUGCUGUAGCUCUACAAGACCACCUUGUUAAGUCACUGGGACUCAAUGACUUUAUUGGUCCUCGGCAUGUUGGCAUUGGCCCAGCAGCAAGGUCAAAACAGAAGAAAUCGGUGCGGUCUACCAUAGACACUGGGAGAUUUGGAAGAAAUAAACCCCAAGUAAAGAAGAAAGAAGAGAAAGAUAGGGAAUAUGUCUUAGAUCCAAAGCCCCCACCUCUUACACUUGCUCAGAAGUUUGGGCUGGUAGAUGCUCCAGAACAACCGUUGUCUGAGACAGACUGGCAGAAAGCCAAAGAAAAGUCCAACAAAAGAGAUGAUUCCAAAAUGCCUUGUGUUAUAUGUAAAGAGGAUUUCGGUACACAAGAACAGGUUCUGCUCUCAUGUACGCAUGUGUUCCAUAGGGUAAGAUUAGAUUUAUUCUGUUUGGACAUACAAUAUACAGCAGCAAGUAGUUCCGCCUUUGCGACAAGUGCAGACCAAGAUGAGUCUACACAUCUGAUUCAGGCAUGUUGGAGGGGCUAUGUGGUAAGAUGUAUGUAUCUAAAAUUGCGAGAAUCCAACCCACCCAAAGAUCCUAAACUAAGGCAGAAAUUUUAUGAAGAAAAGCUACACAAGAUAACAGACAGGAUUGUGAGGUCAUGUGACUUUAAUGUUAACAACUUCCUGCGUGAAAUGGACCAAAGCUUAGAGGCAAGUCGUAACGUUUUCAGAGACUUUGAUGCCAGAUUUCACCAGAUCUCUGAAGAUGAAUGGGAAAGCAUACAGCUCAAGGCUGUAGAACGUGGAGAUGUUGACUGUCCCAUAUGCCUAACAUUACUUGUGAAAAGGAGUUACAUUGAAAAACAAGACCAGUCUACUGAGCAGAAAUCUUUGGCUCAGUCUAAAUCUUCAAAAAGUGAUAAAAACAAUAAAAGUAUAUCAAAGACUUCUUUAGGAAGCAAUUCUAAAACCAGUCAAAACAAGGAGAAGAGUGGAACAAAGGAGGACCAGUCAAAAAUUGUGUCCAGGGGCAAAGAUCAAAGGUCAUGCAGACAGACUGUGUUACUGUCUUGCUCUCAUGUUUUUCACGAGACUUGUCUAGAAAUGUUUGAAGAAUUGAGUAUGGAAAGUAAUAAUUGUUGCCCAGUCUGUAGAUCUAAAUAUCAAAAGAAAGUUUUAGUUACCUAGUUUAAGGGAAUUUUAUAAGUUAAAUUAUUAAAUCAUCCAGUUUUACAGGUUAUUUUGUUGAUAUAAAGUACAAAUCAAGUUUCAGAUUUUAAAUUUUUUGGCCAUCAACUUAGCACAUGUUAUUUGCCCAUAUACAAACAAACAUUUAUGGCAAAGGCAGACAUAAAAUAUCAACAUAUAAACCAUACAUCAGGUAGUUUAAAUGACAUUAUUAUAGAUAUUUCAAGAUACAGUCAAAUUUUCAAGAGUAAUGUGUCUUAGUGUUAAACAUUUUACUUUGUCUCUGGUAAAAAUAAGUAAAUGUUGAAAAAGAAAAGUGGACUAUGGGAUUUUAUAGCCAUUUGCUGCUAUUAUCCCAUCCUUGCAUACAUAGGUCAAGUUAGCAAAAUCACUAAAAUUGCCCACACACAACUGUCUUCUGAGCACCCCUGGAUAGAUUGUUUUUUAUCAUCCACUAUUUUAUUGUUAGCACUAGAUGCCACAGUUUUGGUCUAAUUGUUACGGGACUUGGUCAGAAUGCUUGCCUUAAUCAAGUCAUGAAUGAGUUGACAGGGUCAUCUGGGGUCAAAAAUUGGGUCACUAGGUCAAAUGGAAAGAAAAUCUUGUGGAUACCAGAAGUCACCUUUUCUAGCUGAUCUUUAAGAAGACUUGUGAGAAUCUAGGUCAUAUUUGAAACUGGGUCAUCUGGAUUCAAAACUAGGCCACUAAGGUUAGUUAUAGAAAAUCCUUGUUUACAAUCUACAGGUUACAGUAUUUGCUUAAUUUACAUGAAACUUGGCCAGAAUGUUUGUCUUCAUAAAAAUAUAGGUCAUAGUUAAAACUGGGUCUGUUAGGUCAAAAACUAUGUCACCAGGUCACAUCUUAGAAACACUUGGUAUUUCAGAGGCUACAGUUACUGCAUAAAACAUGGUCAGGAUGUGUUUCUUUAUAAUUAUAAUGAUCUGAUCAACUAGCAUAAAACACUAGGUCAAAUCACAGAAAAUAAGAGUAAUGUUCCUUUUUAACUUAGAAAAUUGGUAUUUCUUAGUAGUAAAACUUUUUAUUUAAUAAUACUAUAAAUCAAAGUUAAGUUAAAAACUGUGUCCUUUUUUUGUCAAAAAGUAGGUCACAAAGACAUGUCAUAGAGAAAGAUUUGAAUAUUUAUGCCUCCCCGCCCCCACUUGUCCACCCACCCUCACUUUGUAGAAGGAGGGGUAUAUUGGUCGGUCGGUUGAUCGGUAUGCAGACCAGUCUGUUUCUGGAUGAUAAGUCAAGAAUGCUUGGGCCAAGGAUCAUGAAAGUUGAUAGGGAGGUUGGACAUAACCAGCAGAUUACUAGUAGUAGAUCAAUGGUCAAGGUCACAAUGACCUGGAAUAGUUAAAUGGUUUCCAGAUGAUACAUCAAGAAUGCUUGGGCCUAGGAUCAUGAAAGUUGAUAGAGAGGUUGGUCAUGACCAGCAAAUGACACUUAUUGACCUUAGGUCUGUAGGUCAAAGGUCAAGGUCACAGUGACCCAGUACAGUUAAAUGGUUUCCAGAUGAAAACUCAAGAGUGCUUGGGCCAAGGAUCAUGAAAGUUUAUAGGGAGGGUAAUCAUGACCAGCAGAUGACCCCUAUUGAAUUUAAGGCCAGUAGGUCAAAGUCACAGUGACCCAGAACAGUUAAACUAUUUCCAGACGAUAACUUGAGAACGCUUCGGCCUAGGAUCACGAAACUUGAUAAGGAAGUUGAUCAUAAUCAGCAGAUGACCCCAAUUGAUUUUGAGAUCAGUGUCAAAGGUCAUAGUCACAGUGACCCAGAACAGUUAAAUGGUUUCCGGAUGAUAACUCAAGAACACUUGGGCCUAGGAUCAUGAAAGUUGAUAAAAUGAUUGGUCAUAAUUGGCAGAUGACCCCUAUUGAUUUUGAGGUCAGUAGGCCAAAGGUCAAGGUCACAGUGACCCAGAAGAGUUAAACUGUUUCCGGAAGAUAACUUGAAAAAGCUUUGGCCAAAGAUCAUGAAACUUAAUAGGGAGGUUGAUCAUGACCAGCAGCCAACCCCUAUUGAUAUUGAGGUCAAUAGGUCAAAGGUCAAGGUCACAUUGACCCAGAACAGUAGAACUCAUAUGUACAAUGACCAAAUAAUUUCUGUUCCUUGUGCAAUUACUGAAUGCAAGGGAAGCAUUUCAUGUUCUACGAGCUCGAAGAUCUUGUUAAACAAUGAAAAUUUGUACACUUGUUAAUUAUCAUCGAAUGAGCAUGAAGUUUAAAAACAAUAACCUUGCACUUUGUCAAAAAUAUGGUAUUUUGAACUUAGAAAAUAGGUAUUUCUUGAAGUGUUUUUAUGCCCCCGGCAUCUACUGAUGCGGGAGGCAUAUAGUGAUCGUCCUGUCCGUCCGUUCGUACGAGGUUAACCAAAUGGGACCGUUUCGUCUAGCAUCAAUACCAAUUACUAGAAUGACUUGAUACUAAUGCAGAUGUAACCUGUGACCAUUCCCCAUCUUCAAAUGUCACCUGACCUUAGUUUGACCUGGACCAUGACCUCAUUUUGGACUUAGGUUGCUUUAUAUGGGCCAUCUCUUGGUUAACCAAAUGGGACAGUUUCGUCUAGCAUCAAUACCGCUUACAAGAAUGAAUUGAUACUAAUACAGAUGUAACCUGUGACCAUUCCUCAUCUUCAAACAUCACCUGACCUCAGUUUGACCUUGACCUUGACCUCAUUUUGGACUUCGGUUGCUUUAUAUGGGCCAUCUCUUGGUUAACCAAAUGGGACCGUUUCUUCUAGCAUUAAUACCGCUUACAAGAAUGAAUUGAUACUAAAACAGAUGUAACCUGUGACCAUUCCUCAUCUUCAAACAACACCUGACCUCAGUUUGACCUUGACCUCGUUUUGGACUUAGGUUGCUUUGUAUCGACAAGGAUGCCACCGGGGGCAUCAAGCGUUUAUUGAACGCAGCUCCUUGUUUUUUUUUGGUUUAGGUCCACUUUCUUGAAUAUUAUUGAAUAUAUCAUGAUGCAGUAGGGGAGUAAGAAGGGCAAGAACCAUUUGUUUUUUCUUGCUUAAUGUCAGAUGCUAACAGACAAACGUUGGUACAGGCAAAAAGUGCUCUUGUUUGUCAAGUUUGAUUUUGUGCCAAUAAAUUCUAUCUAUUACACUGA